AAGGAGCCUGAUAGAACAGCACUUCUCCUUUAUUGACCUGCCAAUGGUCUAAUUCUUGGAAAAAGGUUAUCUUCUAGGACUUGUAAAGAUGACAUCAAAUCCCAGUACCAAGUCAAAGCCAAUGUGGCAGAACUAUGUAGCAGACUUUGCCAACAUGCUGAAGGCUUUUAUUGGGUCCAACUAUUUGACAGUGUCAUAUGCAUUUCUUCAAAGUGGUCUGGGGCUUGGAUUUGGUGGGUUGCUGUUAAUAGCUUUGUUGACUGACCACUGCUGUCACCUAAUAGUCAAAACAAAGUACCACGCCAUCAAACGGGUAAUAGCGAUGUAUAAAGCUGGAACCUCCAAGACUUCAUCCGCUGACAAGGACAGUAGUUCAGAACUAUUUUCUUCAGAUGAAGAUGAAGAAACAGUGAUUUAUGAUUUGGAUGAAGUGACUUUAAUGGAACAACAUUUGUUAAAACACAUGUCUUAUGGAGACAUAGGACAAAUCAGUAUGGGAAAAAUCGGCAGGAUUAUUGUUAAUAUCUGCAUUGGAGUGACACAGUUCUGUUUUUGUGUCGGGUAUUCAAUAUUUUUGGGAAACACCAUUUUCUCCUUAUUUCCUUCCAAAGUAUGCAAUAAUGCUAUUUUAGAUGUAGACAAUGUUAGUAUUUCUUCCGAUGUGCCAUCAUGUGAGCUUCGUUACCUGGGAUUAUUACCAAGUUCUAAUAUCAGACCUGCCAAAAGAUCACUUCCUGACUUAAUAUCAAAUGCUUCUUCCCUGGAAAAUACAGAAAAUACAAUGAUAUCAUCAUUAAUGUCAUCAGCAUUAUUGACUGGAAAUCUAACAGAUCUUGUAACAACUGCCUUACCAUUAAAUAUAUCCUUUUCAACUCUAGCACCACAUAUCAAUGUCACAUCUGUGGCCAUGUUGAAUAUUACAGGGGAGGUUACUCAGUCAACAGCUCCAGACUUGAAGCUGCUAGUUUUGUCUCCACUGCCAAUCUUCCUGUUAUUUGCACUCUUUAGAAAUGUUAGAAAGCUGGGCUUUAUUAGUGUAAUGGCCAAUGUCUCCAUAUUAGUUGGUAGUGCCUCUGUGUUCCUUUAUUUAGUGAUUGAUUUCCAUGUUCAUGAUACGAUAGUAUGGAUGAGGUGGGAAGGACUUCCUAUCUUCUUUGGAAUGGUGACUGCUGCAUUUGAAGGGAUUGGAUUGAUCAUCCCAGUUGAAUCCAGUAUGGAGGGAAAUCGACACAACUUUGCAGCCUUUUUACAUGGAGCCAUUGGUGUACUGACCGUGAUUCUGGGUGGAUUUGGGGUUCUGGGAUAUCUCCGAUUCGGUGAAGAGCUUAACCAGAUGCUUAACACUAACAUUCCAGCCUCCAGUUGGGUGUCUGUAGCAGUCAAUAUCUGUGCAAUCCUAGGAGUUCUGUUAACAUUCCCCUUACAAAUUUACCCUGUGAUAGAAAUGUGUGAAAUUUUCCUGUUUUCAGAAGGGGCCUGCUGUGGACCUAAGAAGAAGACCUCCUUUCUAGAUGAGGAGGGGGAUGGUAAGGAGUCCCUCCUCCCUGACUCCUCAGAUAAAACAUCAGCUGCUCUCCCCAUCAGUGUGGCAGCCCACAUACCCAAGUCGGUACCGACCUGGAGGAGGAAUGUCUUACGGAUGCUGAUUGUAUUGACAGCUACAGGACUGGCUAUUAUAUUUAGAAAUAGUUUUGCUCUAGUAGCAGCAUUUACAGGUGCCAUAGGAAGCUCCAUGCUGGCCUACAUUCUGCCUUGUUUAUUUCAUCUGAAAUUGUGUCACCGAGAUCUGUCCUGGUUCAUCUGUAUCAAAGACGUCACCAUCAUCGUCCUCGGAAUAUUGUGUAGCGUCGUCAGUCUUUACUCAGUCAUCAUACAGCUGGUCAAAAACACAACUGUUUAGUCUUUCACUUUGCAUAUCACUUUAUCUGUCUUCAGAGUCAGGAGAGUCUAUUUAUCUUGUUAAUUUUCUGAAUAUUUAUGAUGCUUUUAUUUAUAAUUUCAUUGCUGCAGCUUACACUAAGUGGUGCUGUACUGUUAAUGUAACUCAUGAUCAUGUGUUAGUUUUAGCAUUCCCCAUGCACAUUUCAAACAUUGUACUUAUCGAAAAACCUGGUCUGAUCUUGAUCUUUUUUAGCGUUUAUUUUUGUAAAAUGGAUAUCAUAAUUACUAAAAAAAAAAAUGCAGUGUAGAAUUCUUGCUACAAACAAAUUUUUAAAGAUGCUUGAUUCCUGAACAAAUUCUCUAAACUCUUCCACAACUUAGAAUUUGAAGUCAGUAUAGUAAGCCAAGAGCUAAAUGUAUGUUGUAUGAUUUGUUUAACUGAGAGAAAAAUGAUAGAUGUAUAGAGAUAUUAAAUUGAGAUUUCUGUGUAUUAUAUAAAGAAAUGAUAAUAAUAUCAGUGAAACAAAAAUACAUGUAAUGUUGGAAUGUUUGCAUUUUUCUGGAGAAAUCCUCGAGAUAAAGCAUAAUGGCAAUUCUAAAAUAUUAUUAUGAUUCUGUAUCAAAUUCAGUAUCCACUAAAAGUCUGAUAUUGUGUUUCUGAAGAUGCGCCAUCCCCCUCAGCUAUGUUAUUGUUUGUCUAAUUAUCAUGUUUUUCAUUGUUAUUUGUUAUGCUUAUUUUUGUUGGAUUUUUUUUUUUUUUGAAAUAGAACAUAUAUUUUUAAUUGAUGCUUAAUAUUUUUUAUAUCAUGUUACACUAUUGUUACAGAGAUUGUUAUAAUAUAUGAUAUUAGAAAAUCUUUUGAAUGAAUAUACACAUGUUUACGUACAAAUGCAAUGUAGAUAAUAUUACUUCGGUGAUUUAGUAAGGUCAUAUGGUUUAUACAGUAAAACAGGCUUAUAGCAAAAUGCGGGGGACAGACAAUUUUGUUUCGAUAUAACUGUAAUUCAUUAUAUACUUACAGUUCACAUUAUAUUUUAAAAACAUGGGUAAAGAAAUCACUUCACUAUAAGCAGAAAUUUAUUAUAAGUGUGUUCGCUAUAAGUGUGUUAUACUGUAUGUGCUUUGUAUUUUAAUCUGGUAAAAUGGAGGAUGGUGUGUGGAAUUACAGGUAACUUAGAAAUAGAUUUAUCUCAAUAACAUUUUGUAUAAAAAAUCUGAAUCCUGCAUAUUUUUUACUGCACAAAAUACACAAAGUUCUUUAAACUUGCUCACUUUUGAAUAUUCACUUUGUGUUUUCAUUUGCGUAAUGGUCUAUAUCACCAAACCUCUAGGAUUAACAUUUGUGUAUUCAUGACCCAAUAGGAUUAAAAAAAUCAGAUCGUCAGUUUGCUACUGUUGAAUGUUGCAAUAUCUUGUAUAACAACAAUAGCAAAAAGAAGGAGCACAAUUAGGAUCUGAUUUUUAUCCUAAUGGUUCAUGAGCCUGUUCAUAGGUGUGUGUGUGU